CGGCCUGGUCGGCCGUAGUAUCCUUGACUGUUUAAGCAAGUUGCACUCCUACUACAUACUACUUAGUACUCUCUCAUCCACAGCGCUUUCCUCAAUUUUUUGCAUCAUCCUCGUUGCAGAAGCAAGCCUUACUCAUAAUCUCCUUGCUUUUGCUUUCUCAACGCUCCAUCGUAAUAAUGGACAUCGUCAUCCGUACAUCGCAGAAUCCAUUGUUCGGGCGCUUGUGAUGUCCAAAACACUUCGCACUACACCCUUCUUGUCGUUCGAAGGCGGCGGCGCUGAAUGGAUACGAACGCGUCCACGUAAUUUAUUGUCUGCGCGGGGAUCACACAUAGGCGCUCUACAGAGUACAUGAACUCGAUGAACAGGGAAGGCUGGGGCAGUCAACCAUGCGCACAUCUACAAAACGGUCUCCCAAGUCCCUUGCCCCAUCUGCUCCGUCUGCCCAGCCAAUCGACGAUGUCGGCGCUGAGUGUUCUUCGGGCGAAUCUGUGUCCGUGCAUGAACCCAACACUGGGAUGGUCGGCGUUGGACUCUCUGACCCAGGGAUCGCGAAAGCCCGCCGGCAGAUGCUCGAUUUGGUUAACCGCAUGAAGAACACUGGUGUCCAAAACGAUAUCGACCUGCCACAGAUCGCCGUCAUUGGGAACCAGAGCGCGGGCAAAUCAUCUCUCAUCGAGUCCAUUUCUGGUAUCACUCUCCCGCGUGCUGCAGGGACUUGCACUCGUUGUCCCACUGAAAUCCGUCUAUCGCAUGCAGACGAUAGCAUUUGGGGCUGCAUUGUCGAAUUGCGCGUAAUCACCGACAAGAAUGGACAGCCGCUCGGUCAAGCCCGCAACGAGCGGUUUGGCGAACCCAUCACCGACAGGGCCGACGUCGAAGAUCGAAUCAGACGCGCUCAACGUGCCAUCCUGAAUCCAAGCAAGCCCGCUCGUUCAUUCCUGUCCGACGACGAGGAUGAAAAUGAGCCCUCUGAGCUGUCGUUCUCGACCAAUUAUAUCUCGCUACAAAUCACCGGGCCAGACAUUAGUGAUCUGGCGUUUGUCGAUUUGCCUGGCUUGAUUGCUAGCGUCAGUCGAGGUGGUGACAAUCGCGACAUCAAGAUGGUGGAGAACUUGGUCGCAUCGUACAUCUCCAAGCCCAGCUGUGUUAUUCUUCUGACUGUGGCCUGUGAAACCGAUUUUGAAAACCAGGGUGCCCAUAACCUGACGAAGCAAUACGAUCCACUGGGCAAACGAACCAUCGGCGUGCUCACAAAACCCGAUCGUAUCCCGUCAGGCGAGGAAAGCAACUGGAUCCCUUUCAUUCGUAACGAACAGGAGACGCUUGAGAACAACUGGUAUUGUGUCAAGCAGCCAAGUUCUCAGGACAUCAAGCUCGGUAUCACCUGGCAGAAUGCCCGUUCCGCGGAAAACGAUUUUUUCUCUUUCACCUCGCCGUGGUCCGAACUUGACCAGAUGUACCAGAAGUACCUGCGCACCACCAAUCUAGUAGAUCGCCUCAGCUCGAUUCUAUCCGAUUUGAUCUCUAAACGUCUGCCCGAGAUCCAGGUGGAGUUGGAGAAGACUAUCCAGAAAACGCUUGCUACCCUGCAACAACUUCCGAAACCGCCCUCUCCUGAUCCGAUCGGGGAGGUCGCGGGAAUGAUGCACUCGCUCGUGGACGAAAUCAAUCGUGUCAUUGACGGGGUUCCCACUGCCGACGGGCUGUUGCAAGUCAUUCGUCCCGCACAAGAAAGCUUCCGCUCUCAAAUUCGCGCAACUGCACCUGACUUCCGGCCUUUCGAGAGCGGUUCUCCUGUCAUAGAAGACUUUCACGAGCCUCAGUUUUUGACAAAUGAGGAUGGUCAGUCAUCUGGCAUGACAACCUUGGUUGCCGGCAGAGAAAAACCCAUCUUCAUUGACGAAGUCAUGCAACGUGCCACGGCCGCACGGACUCGUGAACUGCCUGGUCACCAUCCGUUUGUUGUCCAGACCUCGUUCAUCUCUGAAGUGACCCAAAAAUGGGCCUUACCAGCUCAAGUUCUCUGCAGAAUGGUUCACUCCGCCCUUUCGCAGCAUAUCAGGGAUGUCAUCUCAAAGCAGUUGGGCUCAUUCGGACAAGGCGCACUGGAGCAACGAGUCACGCAAGUUGCCAGCUGCAGGAUUUUGACCCCAAUGCUGACUUUCCACAGAUUGCUCAUGCAGGAACACCUUCGCCGAUGCUCUGAAAAUGCCCAGAAUCUUAUCGCGAAGCUCAUUUCCCUGGAGCAGAGCGGCUCCUUGACGCUGAAUGAGCAUUAUCUUGCCGAUUACAGGUCCAAAUUCCUUUCAUUCUACAAGCAAACACGCCAGAACAGCAAGAAUCCCGGUCUCGCUCGCAAUAUUCAGAGUUACAAGUCGGUUUCAUGGGGUGAAGAGACCGAUAUCUCCACGGCUUUGAGCAACUUGGCUGCGGUUGGACUGCAAGGUGUAAAGGCGGAGGAUCUCGUGAAGCUGCUUCCUCCUGAUCGGAUGGAUGCAGCACUUGAAAUUAUGUCGGACGUGCGAGCCUAUUUCCAGGUUGCUUACAAACGCAUCACGGAUAACGUUCCACUCGCGAUCGACUAUGAGCUCAUCCGUGCUGUCGGUCGCGACCUGUUGCCCACCCUCUACAGCGGGCUCGGCAUCAACGGCCCGGAGGGUCUUCGGAUCUGCCCGCUAGCCUCGUUCACUUCCGCUUCCGAGACGCAAUAUCCUUUCCACGCCAUAGACAAUCAGCGCAGCACGUGGGACUUUGAUGUUGAACCCAAUCCGAAUGCAACUGGCCAGCUUGUCUUCGAUACUGUGAGCUCGUUUCUUCAACAUUGGCCAAAUACGCGGUACCGAAACGGACAUAAUAUUGUUCCUGGCAUUGUACCUAUCGGAACGCUUCUGUAUCAUGGCCGCGCAGACUCCAAUCUGCCGACAGUGCCCGAAUGGACCGCGACAGAUCCGGAGCACUCUUACUUAUUCUGUUGGGGCUCCUCUGAGGCUGGCUGCUGGCAUCUUACAUUGGUCGCCACAAGACCUCUGAGGGUUUUAUACUUUGACGGGUCCAGCGCUGCCAAGAUGCCGAACGGCCCCAUGGAUUCUCAGGAUGUCAUUUCGUGGGGCAAAGUGAUACCAGAGCGAUACAACGAGGAACGGGUUCGCAUCGUCGAGCUUUGCAACUGGGGAAAGGAUCUUGGGAUUGAUGGAUUUCUGCGCAUGGAAAUGGAUUUCGAGAUCAUGUUAUGCGACUUCACGGCUGGCGUGGAUGUGCUGUCCAUGAGCAAUCUCGCCAGCCCAAGACGCGCUCCUCCGCGGGAACGCGACGACGAUCGCUUCGGUGUCCAAGAUAGUGUGGACGUCAUCCAAUCUGGCUCCUGGCACAACCGGUAUCCUGGUGACAGACGAGUUCAACUGGAUCUAUCCAGGCUCGUAUCUUUCUAUGACACAGGUCUGGUUCCUAGCUUGGUGGCGGUCCGGUUCAACAGGACUAGAUGGGACCAUCGGCUGCUCGGCAUCAGCGACAGCGAUACUGCUGCUGUCCACCAGCGCCUCAUAGAGGCCUACGAUUCUUCAAUGAUCACUCAAGGAAGCGGCAUCGACUGGGAUACUCUCUUCAAAGUCGUCGUGGACCGAUAUGCGGAACGUUUAGAACUCGUGCAAUACGUGCUCUCCAACUCGACUAGGGGUGCCCUUGCGACUGCAAAGCGUGCUACGGGACUCUUCAAUGUUAUGCUGGCCCCGUAUCUAAUACAUUCGGCGAAACCGGGCAGCAGAGUGGAUGCAUCCAAAGCAUGGGCGUCUCCCAUCUUUGAAUUCUGUGCCACCUCGCACACAUCCUACAUGCGAAACAGCGCCCGCGUGUACGGCUCACUGACGGCGGCCGAGCGACUGUUGCUCGACUCGGCGGAGGAAGUAAACCACGAGAUCUGCCGGGUGGUCGUCGGCCUUUGGGCAGACGGCGUCGUUGCCGGUUUGGAUGACAUGUAUCCUGCAGACUCGGGCUUCAGGCCCGUUGACGAGGCAGUGCUUGUCGAACGCUGGCGUACAAAGAUCGCUGCACUGAUCACUUGGCUGGACUGGAGUGUGUGGGUCAAAUGUAAGCCAGCAUGCAGCUUUGAGGAAUUCUGCUAUCUUCCGACUUGGCCCUACUUUAAUCGCCGAGCUGAGCCACGACCGCAAUCGCCUCCUCCUAGGCCACCUUGGCCCCCCGUUUAUGACGACGACAUCCUUCAUCCACAACCCAGAUGUCUGCGUCGCUUGGAGCCAUAUGCCUUCUAGAUUUCCGACGCACCGUGCCACGCGAUCCUGUCGCAAUUUCCUGUUUACAACCUGACUGUGGAUGCUAGAAUUCCGCAUUUAUAACGUGAGAACAUAAAUGUACAGAAUGUCUUUUAGGCCCAGCCGACGAUGCAUAUGUAGAGAACAGGAAAAAUAGAUAAGCCAGUUCCUGCCAAAGACCGUGCUCACAACCUCAGGAUGUUAUCUCCGAUGAGAUGAUAAAAUUAAGGAAUGCUACAUACACGGAGUGGUCCGACGCUGCGGUUGCCACAGAUCAGGCGAACCGAACGAACUCGAGUCUGGAAGCCGACAAUAAUCUUACCUAUCGUGCGGACUGCCCCUUCCAUGUCACCGAUCUGGGAACACUGGAAGCCGGCCAUCCCCCGGCCAGCAUCCGCAGCCCGACGUUCGGAAACCAAAGCAAAAGUUUCGCCUGAAGAUAAGAAGACAAGAGGGCGAGAAGAACCGAGGAGUGCACUUGGGGGCGCUUCCAAAUGAAGCAUGGCCAUCUCGUAUUCAGAGGAUUGCCGGUGUCAUAGUAAGAGCUUAACCAGCAACACAAGAAAACACUUGGCUUCACGAUAGACAGCGAACCUCUAUCCGACAGAUUCGAACGGAAGCGAGAGGUCCGGAAAAGGGACCGAGGCUGGGGGCCACCUGCUCCAUUACAUGGUGUGACAGAAGACAUCAGCUUUCGCAUAUCACGCAGUCUGUCACGGUGAACGUCGUCCCAUUGCAGACGCACCACACCUCCACUUGUGCUUGACGUUUUUCCCCUACAUACUUCUUUCUUCUACUACCUACGAAAGGGAGGACAUCCGACUACCGAAAGAUGUCUUCUACGACCACGACACUCACUGGAGCACCGUCCGUCGUGGGUUCUAGAUCCCUCAGUGGUACCUCGCGAACAUCUACUUUCACUACCCCAAUGGCUUCCCUCUCAUCCUCUUCCACCUCUACAUCUGCGUAUGCGUCCACCCACGCUGCCCGCGUCCGCUUUGACGCCGAAUGCGUUCUCAUCCCCGAACAAGGCCCAUCAUCAAACUCUAGGCGACCUCGGAUCGUCACAAAGAGCUAUGCUCUGCCGUUCUGGAAGAAACCUCGAGAAGAGAGGACUUCCGCUGGUGAAGACGAGCAUCUUGUUAUCAAAGUCGCGCUACCGAGUUUCUCAUCGGGCAAGAAACAUUCUUCGCAUUCAAGAGAACGUGGGGGUCGGAAUAACUCACGGUCUCCGCCAUCUCCAGCCGUUGGGCUACCUUCUUGUUUACGCUCACCGAACACAUCCGUUUCCAUCCAACCCAAUCUACCAUCCCUUGCAGAGCACCCACCAUCUCCGCCGAUUGGGUACGAGAACGACACUCGUUUCGUCCUAGACCAGCCAGCCGUUCAGGAAACGCUCGGUGCUAUCCCCCAUAGUCCACUCAUCUCCCUUUCGACUAUAUUCACCUCACCAAGCACUUCGACUACCAUCUCUGCUGUCAACUCUCCCAACCAGGCCGAACGCAUUCCAUUGCGAGCGUGCUGCCCAGAAUGCGGGCUCCGAGCCGACGUUGUCGACGAAGCAUUCUCACGUGGGGCAAUGCGCAUGCGCAGACGAGCCGCACCAGGCACGUUGCCGAUCGGGGACUCCUUAUUGGAAGCAGCAAGGAGAGGUGGAUAUCUUGACCUGCCAGCUGCGUGUGAAGAUGACCUCGAUGAAGACGCCGGGAAGUUAAUUUCUGGCACGGGGCUAGCAGAGGUGAAUCGUCUCGUAGCGGCUCUGGAAGAGAAGAGAGCCAAGCGCGCUCGAAACGGAAGCAAGUCACCUACUCCGGAUCCGAGUCCAUUAGGCACGCCGUGCGAGGAGAAACAGGAGAUUUCAUUGCUCGGUCCGGCCAUCGGCCGCGUCUCGGCAACUGGGACACCUCGUGUCGGCAGCGGACGAGCCAGCCCUCUCUUGCCGCUGGGGAUCGCUGUCGAUGAAGUUGAUAAGGAAAGACGUCGAGUGAGCCUGGCUUUGGCGGUAGAUCUCGCCAGCGAGGACGAGUAUCCCGGCCCAAGUACCAGGACACCACUGGCGCAGCCGGUCCCCAUCCUGCCCCGCCCACGAAUUAUCGAAGAUGACGCCGACCUAUUUCCUCUUCCCUCAUCGCGUGGAAGCACGCCGAGGACGACACCGGUCCCCAGCCCCGCAGGUAGCGACAUCAGCAUUCAUGUCGUCGCCGACGGGGAGAAGAAGUCUUCGCCACUGUUGUCCGCGGCGUUGACAGCCCAAACUCAUCGUGUGACAGGUAGCACCAACACCGCGUGCGUUGUUCUUGGCGCCACUGGUCGAAGAGAGCGUGAGGCCAGGGACGCGAGCAGACUGCUUGUGCCUGCAACGCGACGCAGAAACCUCUCCCCUUGAUCCCUCCGUUGGCAGCGAGUAUACUUGCAGCCGGCCCUUACUCUCCUGCCUUGCUUCCCAGGCCGGCCCAAUCCCCGUCGUCACACGCGAGGAUCGUAUCGGCCCCUGCAGACGUCCCCAUCACCGACCACCCUCCUAGUUCAUUCCCCAAAAUGAGACCCAGUCCAACGCGUGCGAAAUCGGCUUCGACCUCGUCUGUUUCCCGCCCUGCUCUUCCUCUGAGCGACACCCCACCGAUGCCACACCGACCGGGCCGGCUAGCCCGGACCACAUCAAACAUCCAGGACGUGGUCACAUCAGACGCCUCGUCACGGCGUCCCAAUGCCAUCUCUCGUCAACGCUCGCUCUCGAGCUCGUCAAAAGGCACCUCCGGGAGAAAGGGGGGAUCUGCGUUUGGGACGUUUGUGGAUGUCCUCAAGGGCAUGGGCUCUCCGGGUGUCUCUGUGUAAUAGUAAACCACUUCCAAUCUCCAUCUUUUGCGCAACACUCCGUAGCAUACAUACCUCACCGCUUGUCAUCGCAAACUCAGCGUAGUUUUACUGUAUUUUAUAAGCUAUUUUUUUGGAAUACACAAUCUCGCCCUUCG